CAGCCCUGGCCGAGCCCUGGCUACACCAUGCCCCACGCUAGGCUCUGCAGUUUCCUGGGUGGCGGGCUCCUGCCCCUGCUGCUGGCCUAUGUCUGCUACCUGCUGCUCGGCGCCACCAUCUUCCAGGCGCUGGAGAAGCAGGCCGAGGCUCAGUCCAGGGGCCAGUUUCAGUUCGAGAAGCUGCGCUUCCUGGAGAACUACACCUGCCUGGACCAGCGGGCCCUGGAGGAGUUUGUGCAGGUCAUCAUGGAAGCCUGGGUGAAGGGCGUGAACCCCAAAGGCAACUCCACCAACCCCAGCAACUGGGACUUCGGCAGCAGUUUCUUCUUUGCCGGCACGGUCGUCACCACCAUAGGAUAUGGGAACCUGGCGCCCAGCACGGAGGAAGGCCAGACCUUCUGUGUCUUCUAUGCCCUGGUGGGCAUCCCACUCAACGCGGUCUUCCUCAACCACCUGGGCAAAGGACUGCGUGCCCGCCUGUCCGCCCUUGAGGGGUGGGAGGACCAGUCCAGGCGUUCCCAGAUUCUGCAGAUGCUGGGCCUGGCUCUGUUCGUGAUCCUGGGGACGGUGCUCAUCCUCAUCUUCCCGCCCAUAGUCUUCAGCCACGUGGAGGGCUGGAGCAUCAGUGAGGGCUUCUACUUUGCCUUCAUCACUCUCAGCACCAUCGGCUUUGGGGACUACGUCGUCGGCACAGACCCCAGCAAGCAUUACAUUUCAGUGUACCGGAGCCUGGCGGCCAUCUGGAUCCUCCUGGGCCUGGCAUGGCUGGCAGUGGUCCUCCCACUGGGGCCCCUGCUUCUGCACCGGUGCUUCCAGCUCUGGCUGCCCAGCAGGAGCCUCAGCCUCAAGGAAAGGGGAGCCCCUGAGGCCGAUGGGCUCCCCACACUUCAGAAGCUCCCCGUCUCUGCAUGAGGCCCCCAAGUGGCCCCAAGAGCCCCUCCCAGCUCCCAUCUGCCCUCUGGAUUGCCCUCUGGAUUUCCUGUCCUGCCUCCUCCUCUCCCAACCCUCUCACUCCCCAGCAAGGGCUGGUCUCAGGAGCUCUGAGAGAAAGAAAACAGACAGGAGUGUCCAAGAAAGUAACAAGAAGGAGAUGUAGAGACAGGAUCGAAGACAGACAUGUGCCAUUGUCCCCGAGCCCCUGCCCUUUUCCCCUCAAAAGUGCCCUGGAGAAG